AUUUUAAUAAAUCAUUUGGCACGAUGCUUCUGUAUGUUGAAACGAUAUCCAAAUCAUCCAUUAUAAUAGCAGUCAUGUUUUACAGUGAACAAGAAGAGAUAAGUCAAUAUUGUGUAAUGGCAAUUGUAUCAUUACUUUCAAUUUUUUUUUACAUAACGACACUUUAUUCACGUGUAGCACGAUUACCAUCAAAUAAUCGUCGCUGUUGUAAAUCUAUAAUGAGUUGGUUGGCACGAACACAAUGGUCAUUACCAGAAACAAAAUUUUAUAAAUCAUUUAAAGGACGAAAAAUUAAAGUUAUAAAUCGUACGACAAUCAAAUCGAAUCUUUUCGUACAAAUUAUGAGAGAAAAUAAACUUGGUUUUACAUGUGGUCAUCUAUUUUUCAUUACAAAAUUCAAAUAUAUUCAAUUAUUAUUAUUAAAUUUUACUUUGAUUAUUAAAUUUUAUAAAAAAAUUAUACAUGCAUCACAAAUUAAACAUAAUCAAGGUUAA